CGGGGCUUGGCGUGACCCCUCCUUCGCCUCCCCCUAGGGUGGUGGGGAGGGGGUCUCGGCGUCCGGGUCGGCCCGGACGCCCAGACCAGUGUGGCGGAGGGCCCGGGACGCCCGGGUCAGAAGCAGGGGCAGAUUCAGGACUCUGGGGUCUGGUCCUGAGUAAAGGAGGCCCCACUGCCCCUGGGUCCCCCAAGCCUGCUUCAGUUUACCUUCGCGAGUAAAUGGGGCUGGACCUUCCCCUUUGGUCCCAUCCUGGUCCCAAUGUACUGCUCUUUGUGGCCUCCUUUCACCAGCCGUCUGCCUGUCGCCAUGCUGUCCCUGUGCCUGUGCCGGUUGUGGCCCCGCAGCCCUCCCACCCGGCUCUUCUCAGCGGCCACCGGGCAGCGGUCUGGCCCCAGGAACUACUAUGAACUGUUAGGGGUGCACCCUAGUGCCAGCACCGAAGAAGUUAAACGAGCUUUCUUCUCCAAGUCCAAAGAGCUGCACCCUGACCGGGACCCUGGGAACCCGGCCCUGCAUAGCCGCUUCGUGGAGCUGAGUGAAGCGUACCAAGUGCUCAGCCGGGAGCAGAGCCGCCUCAGCUAUGAUCGGCAGCUCUGCUCAGCGGCUUCUCCAAAGUCUUCAGGAAGCACAGCGCAUCCCGGGUCUGCACGAGCACACAGCUCCUGGGAGUCCCCCAAUGCACAAUACUGGGCCCAGUUUCACGGUGUGAGGCCUCAGGGACCAGAGUCGAGGCAGCAGCAGCACAAACACAACCAGCGAGUGCUGGGGUACUGUCUCCUGAUCAUGCUGGCGGGCAUGGGCCUGCACUAUGUUGCUUUCAGGAAACUGGAACAGGUCCACCGUGGCUUCAUGGACGAAAAGGACCGGAUCAUCACAGCCAUCUACAAUGACACACGGGCCCGGGCCAGGGCCAACAGAGCCAAGCUCCAGGAGCGACUGCAGAGCCAGCAGCCGCAGCCCCGACCUGGCCCAGGGAUCGUGCCUCCCGGCACCGGCACGGGCCCCGACCCUGGAGCGGCCCACUAGAACGGGGCCUCCUCUGUGUUCCCUCCUCGCUACCCCGGGGGACGCCCCACUACCCCAAAACGCUUGCAAUAAACUGAUUCUCAGA